AUGCCGCCGACCACAGCAGAGCAGCGACAGUCGGCAGCCAAUGGCACCGACGACAGCAGCGGCGCCGAUCGCGACGUGUUAAGUGCGACGCGACACGUGACGCUCGACGAAGUGGAGCAGCGGCUCGAGCAGCAGCUGACGGGCGACGUGCCGCCCGACGUGAAGCGCCGCAUGGCCAAAGCCGAGUUCAAGCGCCUGAAGCACUGCGAGACGGUGCGCCAGUCGCGCGUGCGCAAGAAGAACGAGCGCCGGGGACUGAAACAAGUGAACGACGCGCUCGAGAAGGAGCUCAAGCGGCUGCUGCGCGCGCACGACGUCGGCCCGUGUCGCAGUGCGUCCGUGGCACUGGCCACGGGUCGGGUGGAGCAGUUUGUAUACUUAAUGGAGCAAGUGCGCGGCCUCCGCCUCGAGAACGCGGCGCUGCGGGACGAAGUGCUGUUGUACGACGCACUGGGCGAGCAGCUCCAGCGGCUGCAAGUGGACUUUGAGAUCCCGCGCGCGCUUUCGCGCAGCGGAACGGUGCGGACGUCGAUCGGGACGGUCCAUUUUGAGCCGCUAAGUGCGGACGAAGUGAGUGCGAUUUUGGUCACGUCGCACCAACAAGCGACGUCGUUUUUCACGACCAUGCGACGCGUCGAGACGGCCGAAGAAGACAAGACCAUGGGCUGGACGAUGCACCAGCGCGUGACGGGCGACGGACGCGUGCAGUUUAACUUUACAAAGCGCAUCGAGACGAUUGCGACGGACGAACUGGUGCACAAGAGCUGGGAGAUGUACUGCGACUUUGGGCUCUAUCACGGCAUCUACUCGUCGGUGCAGAAGCUCGAGAUUUUGCAAAAGAUCAACGACGACACGCUUUUGAUUCGACGGGAUCUGCAGGAAGGACCGUCGGCGCCUAUUUUUCGCACUGUCUUCUUGUUGUUUCGCAUCAAGCUGUCGAAUGGCUACCUGAUCUGUUUUCGGUCGCACAACCCGGCAGUGUGUGUGAUGGACGACGACGACGACCCGAGCGUUCAGUGGAUGGAGAUGUUCUAUUGGCUGAUGAUUACCGACCCGCCCGUGAAAGGCGUGCGUGGACAGGCUGCAGACGUGUCGACGUCGCGAGUGCGAGGUUGCGACGUAUCGUUUGGUGGCAAUUUGCUGACCAGUCGAAGUGCGAAACAUGCUACGAUGUGGAAGUAUCAAAUAGCAAUGGCGCUGCUGCGAUGGGAAAGCAACGCUGUCGCGCCGUUGUUUACGCUGUUUGGAUAG